AUGCUUCCCUGGGAAUUCAGCGAAGACGACCUGAAGGACUCGCUAGAGUACUAUCCUGACAACACGAUUGACGAAAUCCGUGCGACGCUCGUGGCCUUCAGCUACAGUAGCUACUAUGUACCUGCAAUGGCCCUGCUUGUCAUCUACUGCCUCUUUGUCGGGCUGAUCUUGGCUGAUGGUAUCUUGGGAUGCCUGCCGCGCCGUGCCGUGCCGAGAUGGAUCCGCGCACACGUCAUGGAGGCACCCUUGGCAACGAAGAAGCACCACGUCGCUGUGGGCGCUGGAGUCAUCCGCCUGCCUUUGAGGUUGCAGAGUAUCGUCGUGGGUGGGCUGUUCUUGGCUACCUUCGUGCCCAUUUUCUGCUUCUACCGUCGCGCCAACCCGGACCUCUACUACGACCACGCCUGGGAAGCACACCUUCGUUCCCUCUUGGACCGCACCGCGAUGAUUAGCACUGGCCUCCUCCCCCUUGUCAUCGUGACCGCAACGCGCCGCGCUCUUCCCUCGGUAUCGGGCAUCGACUUCGGCAACGCUAUGGUCUAUCAUCGCUGGCUUGCACGCUUUUGUGCGAUCCACGGUCUCAUUCAUGGUAUCGGGUGGUCGGUCUCGGAGGGCCUCAGGGGGCACUACAAGAAGGAGUUCAAGGACCCCUACUGGAACUGGGGAUGCGCUGCUAUCGCUAUGUUCAUGGGACUGGUGUUCUUGAGCAUUAGGCAGCUGAGGGUGAAGGCAUAUGAGGUAUUCAUCGCGCUGCAUGUCAUCCUAGCCCUGUUUUCUCUGGUCACACUCUACUUCCACGUCAAGUUGAUUGACUACGCUGCCUGGAUGUACUUCACCUGGGUCGUUGAGAUCGCCGCGGCCAUUUGGGGACUGGACCGACUCGUCCGAUGGAUCAACAAGGCCUACCUCUCUGCGGGCACUAGCUUCUCUCAGCCGCUCACACAGGCGGUAGUCACUGCGCACGGAAGCGACAUCUAUCGUAUGCGCGUGCACCUCGGAGCCUCUAAGGUACAGCCAUUGAUUGGUGGCCAGCAAGCCAGCCUCCUCUCCCGCUUCAGGCUGAGCCCUAUCAACAAGCUCAGCGCCGGCACGUCGGUCAGGCUGACCAUUCCUCGCCUGCAAUUCUGGAGCGACCACCCCUUCACCGUCAUCGACGCUGGGCUCGUGAAUGGCGCUGAGUCGCAGGGAUACGUCGACUUACUCAUCCGCUCCGCUGACGGCAUGACGAAGCAGCUUGCCACGCUCCUCCAGAGCAGCGAUGACAAGGCCCUUGAAGCCGGCUCUGGCACCGCAGUCGACCGAACAAUGAAUGUCGUCCUCGAGGGUCCGUACGGUCACUGGCACUCCUCCGUCGUAAAGCACGACGACGUCCUCCUCUUCGCGGGCGGAGUGGGCAUCACCUUCUGUCUGCCUAUCUUCGUUCAGGCAGCAGCGCAGUCGGACGCACGAUGCAAGCUCGUCUGGGCAAUUCGCGACUUCGACAUCGUCGACUCCGUGGCAGAUCAGCUCAUCCGUCUUGACGAGGUACUGAGGGCGGCCGGACCACGCAGUAGUAAACCAAAGAUCGAGCUUCGUGUCACGGCUGGUGAAUUCUUUGACAAGGCGAAAGAGGAGGUUGCUGAAGGGGUCGCCGAGCUCAAGCAUUCGGCAACUGACAGCGACAAUGCGCUGUCCAAAGCUUCAUCAAGCGCCUCAUCGACGCCUAUCCCCUCGCCUCCGGACGAGAAAGCAGAAUACGUCGAGGCCAAGAAAAUCGAGAGCAGCUCCAAGCGCUUGACUGCACUUGCUGCUCGCCUCUCCGGUAGCAUGGACCUGGUAGCUGUGCACGGGCGCCCGUCAAAGAGAGUGGCGGAUCACUUUGAGCCUCACAGCGACCGUACUGCCGCUGUGAUCGCUUGUGGGCCGGCAUCGCUCUGUGAUGACACAAGGGAGGGAGCAAUUUUUGCGCUGAGGAAGGGGGAGUGGAGGGAUGUUGAGUACGUGGAAGAGUGCUUUGAUUGGUAA